CAUGGAUGAAUUGCUGGAGCACGUUAAAAAUACUGUCAUAAAAAACGAAAUGGACGAUGAAAUAAUAAUCCUAAAUGUUGGUGGUGUUAAAUUCGAAACCACUCGUAAUUCUUUAAUUGCUCAUCCAGAAACAACAUUAGGAAAAUUAUUUAAUCCUAAAAGUCCUGAACCACUUAAACCAAUUUAUCCUGGUGGUAACGAGUAUUUUAUUGAUCGAAAUGGUCAUGCUUUUUAUUACAUUCUAGAGUAUUAUCGUACUGAAUUGGAAAUAGAAUAUUUUAAGAUCCCCAUUCAUUCUGAAAAACGUGCUGCUCGUAAUUUACAACAAGGUGUUACAAUUGUCGACAAAUUUUGCGAAAAAAUGAUACCUUUUAUUAACGAAGCGGCAAGCAGAUUUAUUUCAGAUGUCACAGUUUAUUAUACUGUAGGUGGCGGUAGUUGUAACUGCGGGCCAUUUUCAAUCGGAAAUUGGUUUGGUGAAUUUGCUAAACAAGGCUAUGCACUAUUUAAUAACGAAAGGAUA